UCUAAAACAAUGAAAUUUUCAUUCUCUCUAUCUAAACGAUUUGUUUUCUUUAUUUUGGCAUUGCCUUUCCUCAGCAUACAUAGUGUUUUGUCACUGAACCUUACCAAUGAGUAUCUCAACCACAGAUGCCUCUUUGAUCAAGGGAAAUAUAGCUCAGGGAGUAAGUACGAAGAAAACCUCAACCACGCCUUCCACAUCAUGCGUGAUGAAACUCAUGCUGAGACUGGUUUCACACACACAAGUAUAGGAACACCUCCUGAUUCUGUCACCGUCAUGCUCCAGUGCCGUGGUGACACCUAUGGGUCUAAAUGCCAUACAUGCUCCGACACCGCACUCGCGGGGUUUCGUAAGAGAUGUCCGAGGAAUAAAGGAGGAAUAAUAUGGUACGACCAAUGUUUUCUCUAUAUUAGUACGAUCGGUGAAGAAACUCCAUAUAGGAUUAACUACAAGGAUAUUUUUUCUAUGCACAACCACAAUAACGUGAGAGGGGAUGUUAAAAUUUUCACCAAGAGAGCGAUGGAUUUUUUCUCUGAACUAAUACUAAAAGUCGAGAAACACGUCUAUGAUGGCCUCGGCCUCAUAUUUUACGCGGCAGGAGAAAAGAAGCUUGGAAAAAAUAAAUUAUAUGCAAUGGUGCAGUGUAUAGGACUAACAUUAGAUUGUAAAAGCUGUUUGACAUGGAGUAUCAAGAAGCUUUUUGAGAACGGAAAUAUUAAACAAGGAGCGAGAGUUUUGGGUACAAACUGUGAUGUAAGGUAUGAGUUAUACCCUUUUCUUAGAAGUUAAAGCAUUGUUGUGGAUGUGAUAAAUACAUCCUCCUCAUAAUUUUUAAUUUUUUUUAACACAAAAUUGAUUAAUAAAGAUUGAUGUCUAGUACAAUGAGACAAAAUGUAUAGCAUUCUUUGCUAGAGCAUCAGCUAAAGUGUUCUGAGCUCUAGGAAUGAAAGAAAAAUAGUGAAUUUGAAAAACAUGGAUAGAAAAUCGAUAUCAGUAAGAACUUCGUAAAACUCCACCGGAUUGGACUUCAAGUUAAUAUCUUGGACGAGUUCUUGAGAGUUGGAUCGAAACCAUACUUUGGAGAGAAGACGUAGCUUUGCCGACAUGAUAGCUUCACACAUAGCAAGUGCUUCAGCCAUUAAAGGUGAUGAAUGAGAGAACCCACUUGGUUUCACGAACUAUUGAAUCCGGUAAAUGCUGGUAGAUGAUCCAUCGUAGUCCUGCUGUUCCGGAUUCUUUGGACCAUGCUGCAUCGGUGUUUUAGAUCUAAGUGCGAGGAGGUAGCGGAACAAGUACAUCCUAGUCCCGCUGUUCCUGAUUCUUUGGACCAUGCUGCAUCUGUGUUUCAGAUCCAAGUGAGAGGAGGUAGGGGAACAAGUACAUCAUAUGGGAUACCGUUCCCACACAGGUUCAGAGUACCCAGCUACGCCAGCUGCCAUUCCCGGGCUGCCGAUAGAGUAUUGGAGAUGGUGGUACCUGUAGCAAUAUGACAGUUUUCGAAGACCAGUUGGUUUCACGUGGUCCAAAGGAACCAGCAGAUCCAUGAAGAUAGGUCCACAAGAAGACCCGUAUGUUGUAGGCAUAUCAAGAUGAGAGGAGAUAAAGAAAGAGAGUGUAUUGAAACUCUAAGGUGAUGAAUUAUAGGUUGAUGAAGCUUGCAGAGCCAAAUUUAGGGAGAUGCAAGAGGUGGCGUCAAAGAAGUGCUUAUAUGGCACUAUGGUCCACACCUGAAGAACGAAAGGACAGUGGAAGAAGAGAUGAAGAGUGGUUCCGGGUGCUCUACAAUGGAGGCAGUUCGAUGAUGUAGUCAGGACUCAAAGAGAGAGGUUGGCACCAACGAAAGAGCUCCACGAAGCAUCUUCCACAGGAAGAGCUCCACGAAGCAUCUUCCACAGGAAGAGCUUCAGUUUUGAUGUUGUGGUGACAGACCAAAGAGAUUUAUACCAGUCCAUAGAGACAGCAAGUGAUGGAUCCAAAAGGGAAUGUUCAUGCAUAUCAUUCAAUGCCAAAUACCCAGAUUUCACAUAAUAAAUUCCAGAAUAUGUGCCAUACCAGCAGUAGGAAUCUUCAGCUCCCAUUAGACUUGGGGUAAUAUGCAUGAUUUGAGUGGUGAUGUCAAGAAAAAAAUCCUCCAUUUAGCAAGAAGAAUCCUGGGUUAGGAGAUCGGCAACUAUCAUAUCUUGAUUCUGCUCUCUACAAGGUCCGAAUGGGUGGAGUUGAGACUUCGUUGGAUAUCCAGGCUUCUUUCCACAAAUUUGUGGAGAUACCAUUGCCAAUAGCAUUUUCCAAUCUUUACACCAGUAGAUCCGGGCGAAAUAAAAGUCCCCUCCAACCAUGAGAGGCUGACGGUGAACAGUUAACUGAGCAAAAAUGCGCAUUUUUUGCAGUACGUCCGAGUAGAAUGUGAGCUAACAGACAGCCUAGUCGUGUUAGGAUGCACCAUGAAGUGUCUCGCUAAUUUGAUGCUCGUCAUCAAGCCGCUUUCUUGGGCUCUACGAAAAAGUCCUAAGAGUACUUCUCCUUGUCUGAUUCCUUGUUGAAGGAUGACGUUGCCAAACACAUAGUCAUUAACCAGGAAGGCAUACGAAAGCAUAGUGAUAUUUAUUUUAAAGAAUGAUUUUCAACUGGCUUGGAAUUCUUGAGGCUAUUACCCAACAAACGUAUGUUUAAUCCUCAGUGUCAGAUAGCUUUCCUUUUAAAUACUUCAGCCGAUUGCUGAUAUGAUUAUGAAUGAUGUUUCCUAACUCUCCUACUGAGUGAUGAUGCUGCUGGUUCUUAUUGUCAUUACAUUUUCUCCCGAUCUUGUAUAUGAUUUCUUGAAGAAUGAGUUUGAGAAGCACCAAUGCAUGCUCUUGUAACUCAAACCUUUUACUGUACUUAGCAUGAUCUUCCAAUCCGAGUUUACCUUCUCUCAUCAGCAUCGAGCAGAACAUGUCCGAUAAUUUACAUGAAUUCAGUUAUGUUGAAAACCUUAAACUAAGUUGAAUAUUAAAAAUUGAGGAUCAUAAGUGACACAUGUCAUCAUCUAAAUCAUUGUGUUAUAAACAAUGACAUGUGUUGCAUCGGAAUUGAAAUUGAGUAUCAUAAUUGACCUUUUAAGGGUGUGUUCGCUUUUGUAUUUGGUCCAGCAUAUGGAUGUAGCAUCUGAAUACAACAUCUAGAUAUUGCAUCUAGAUGUUGUUUGUUUUUAUAGUUAGUAUUUGUAGCUAGAUGCAACAUCUAGAUGUUAAGUUGUUUAUUCUCGAUUUCAUAAUAGCUUUUUAAUACUAGUAGUUAAAAUUAUUAAAAUAGCAUGAUCUUUAUUUUUAGUAAUGACUAAUUAUAAUAUUCAAAUAAAUUACAGAGAUAUUGAUGGAAAAUUAAUUUUGCGAUUUUAGGAAAACAUA